AUGGGGCCUACCCUGGCAGUUCCCACCCCAUACGGCUGUAUUGGCUGUAAACUGCCACAGCCAGACUACCCACCGGCUCUAAUCAUCUUUAUGUUCUGCGCAAUGGUCAUCACCAUAGUCGUAGACCUGAUCGGCAACUCCAUGGUCAUUUUGGCUGUGUCGAAGAACAAGAAGCUCCGAAAUUCUGGCAACAUCUUCGUGGUUAGCCUCUCUGUGGCUGAUAUGCUGGUGGCCGUCUACCCCUAUCCUCUGAUGCUGCACGCCAUGGCCAUCGGUGGCUGGGAUCUGAGCCAGUUACAGUGCCAGAUGGUUGGAUUCAUCACAGGGCUGAGUGUGGUCGGUUCUAUCUUCAAUAUCGUGGCGAUUGCCAUCAACCGUUACUGCUACAUCUGUCACAGCCUCCAGUAUGAGCGCAUCUUCAGUGUGCGCAAUACCUGCAUUUACCUGGUUGUCACCUGGAUCAUGACUGUCCUGGCUGUCCUGCCCAACAUGUACGUCGGCACCAUCGAGUAUGAUCCUCGCACCUACACCUGCAUCUUCAACUAUCUGAACAACCCUGCCUUUGCCGUGACCAUCGUCUGCAUCCACUUUGUCCUCCCUCUGCUCAUCGUGGGUUUCUGCUACGUGAGGAUCUGGACCAAAGUGCUGGCAGCCCGUGAGCCGGCUGGGCAGAACCCUGACAACCAGCUUGCUGAGGUUCGCAAUUUUCUAACCAUGUUUGUGAUCUUCCUCCUCUUUGCAGUGUGCUGGUGCCCCAUCAACGUGCUCACUGUCUUGGUGGCUGUCAGUCCAAAGGAGAUGGCAGGCAAGAUCCCCAACUGGCUUUAUCUUGCAGCCUACUUCGUAGCCUACUUCAACAGCUGCCUCAAUGCUGUGAUCUACGGUCUCCUCAAUGAGAAUUUCCGAAGGGAAUACUGGACCAUCUUCCAUGCUAUGCGGCAUCCUAUCCUGUUCCUCUCUGGCCUCAUCACUGAUGUUCGGGAAAUGCGGGAGGCCCGAGCCUUCGCCCGCGCCCGUGCCCGUGCCCGUGACCAAGCCCGCGAACAAGCCCGUGAACAAGACCAUGCCCGUGCCUGUCCUGCUGUGGAGGAAAUGCCGAUGAACGUCCGGAAUGUUCCACUACCUGGUGAUGCUGCAGCUGGCCAACCUGAGCGUGCCUCUGGCCACCCCACGCCAGCCUCCGGCCACUCCAGGUCUGCCUCUGCCCACCGCAAAUCUGCCUCUGGUCACCAUAAGUCUGUCUUUAGUCACUCCAAGCCUGCCUCUGGCCACCCUAAAUCUGCCUCUGGCCACUCCAAGUCUGCCUCUGGUCACCCCAAGUCUGCCACUGUCUACCCUAAGCCUGCCUCUGUCCACUUCAAGGCUGACUCUGUCCAUUUCAAGCCUGCCUCUAGCCACCCCAAGCCUGUCACUGGCCAUCACGUCCCUGCCGGCAGCCACUCCAAGACUACCUUCAGCCCUGCCACCAGCUGCCCUAAACCCACCACUGGCCACACGAAGCCUGCUACCCCGCACCCUGAGCUUGCCGGCUAUCCUGAGUCUGUUGCCACCAGCCACCUGCAGCCUGCCAUCGCCGGCCAGCCUGAGCCCACUGCUGCUGGCCACCUAGAGUGUGACAUCACUGGCCUCCCUGAGCCCGCUUCCAACCCCGCCACUGAGUCCCCCAAGCCUGUUGCCAGCCCGCUGAAGCCUGCUGCUGCCGCUGCCCCUGUUGACCCCAUUGUGGUCACCAUUGCCACCAAUGAUUACCAUGAGGUUAUGGUUAUUGAUGUUGAAGCUGAUUCUGAUGAAAUGGCUGUGUGA